AUUCAGUGCUUAAUGCAAAUUCUGGAUACUUCUAUUUAAAUUUCAGAUUUUUCCAUUUCUUUGUUGCUUUUAUUUUCUUCUUUUCCAUAAUGAUUUGGAAACUGGAAGACAGGCACGAACCCAUAGAAAAUUAAAGCAAUAUCAAUCCUCAACUUGAAAAGGCCAAAUGUGUUUCCCAAUAUUUUAAAUACUCACAUGUAAGGGUUGAUUUAAUUUAGUGCAAGUUUCUUUUUCAAACAUUUCCAGAGGAUCUUAUGAUUGCAUGAUGAUGAUUAUCAUGUAGAAGUUGAACACACAGAGAGUAUAACGGUAUCUGUAGAUGUCCUAGCAGCUGUUUGGCGCAAGGGAAAUUAGUUUCCCGCGUAGAUGGGGAAUGUAAUAGGUUCAUUUUUUUCGGGGUUCGCUAGAGUUAUUGGCGAUCUGUUUGGCUCUCCACUCGAUUUCCUUUCUGGAAAGUCUUGCAGCUCGGUUUGCGGAAUAACAUGGGAUUUCAUCUGUUACAUCGAAAAUUUCUGCGUUGCCAAUCUGCUGAAGAUAGCCAUGGUGUCUUUUCUUCUCUACAUAGUUCUCUUGUUCUUCUACCUACUUUGCAAACUGGGCAUUUGCAAUUGCAUUGGCCGGAGCCUCUGCAAAAUGGUGUGGGCAUGCUUCAUUUCAUGUUUCUCUGCAUGGGAAUACUGCUGCACUUUCUUGUGUGUUAAGCUUCCAAGGCUCAAAAGGACAAACCGAGGACACAUAAAAGACUUUCAAGUGUCUGAUUCAAGUUGUGAUGGAGAAGGUGACAGUGAAAUCUUUUCAUAUAAUGCACAUAGGCCUAUCGAAGUGAGAAGACCACCGUCUCGGCGAUGGAGGGAUCAUAGAGCAAGUCACUUAAGAAAGUCCUUGAGGCCAAGAAGUCAUCAAAUUCGAGUAGGGAUUAGCAGAGACUCGGUUCACAGUUCUAGAAGAAACUCGAUUAAGCAUGACAAUUACAUUAACACAGUCCAUGGCAUUAGGGUUACACGAACAUCGAAAUUCGUGCAAAAAGGCCUUAGUUUCAAGGGCACAGUUCAUCGGAGCCGAAGAUGGUGA